AUAUACGAUGCCGUGAAUAACAGCUGCUCAGUCGAAUCCAACGACAACGACAAACCGAUGCUGUUCAUCAUGUGCGUCAUGUACGCUCUCAUAACGGUGUUCGCGCUGGUGGGCAACGGAAUGGUCUGCUACGUCGUACUUGCCUACCCGAGAAUGCGUACGGUCACCAACGUGUUCAUCGUCAACUUGGCCAUCGGAGAUAUCCUCAUGUCCGUCUUCUGUGUACCAUUCACAUUUGUUACGACCUUCGUCACUCAAAACUGGGUGUUUGGCUACCCGAUGUGCGUCAUCGUGGUUUACGGCCAGGCGAUAUCGGUAAUGGUGAGCGCGUACACGCUGAUCGCGAUAUCUAUGGAUCGUUACAUGGCCAUAAUGUAUCCGUUCAAACCACGCCUGACGGGCUUACAGGCCAGAGCGAUUAUAGUUAUCGUGUGGGGAGUUGCGCUGGUGACUCCGAUGCCAUCAGCUUUUAAGCUUACACUCAAACCUCAUCCGGAUUGUGACUCUGUGCACACCUGCAACGAGGACUGGUCAUCGAUGCCCGACCUAGAGGCUUAUUACUCGUACGGACUCCUGAGUCUGCAGUACAUCUUGCCUCUGCUCGUCCUCAUAGUCACCUACAGUCGAAUUGCGGUCACCGUCUGGGGGAAGGAAAUUCCCGGAGAGGCCGAGGAUCAACGAGACCGUAAAAUGGCGCAGUCGAAGAGAAAGAUGAUCAAAAUGAUGAUCUGCGUCGUGUCGGUCUUCGCCCUGUGCUGGAUGCCCCUGAACGUGUAUAAUCUCCUAUCGGCUUAUUCAAAACUGAAUGAGAGCCACUACGCCAAAUACAUUUAUUUUGGAUCUCAUUGGAUAGCCAUGAGUCACACGUGCUACAACCCAAUCAUCUACUGUUGGCUGAAUGCUAAAUUCCGCCAAGGUUUCUACAGACUUUUCUGCAGUCGGAAGUCUCGGAGCAGUCAGCGUAGAAACACGUACACGUCUUACGUUAGCUGCAAUAAUCAUCACUUGAACACGAACCACGUCGCAAGGCACCAGAAGCAACCGGUUGUACAUGAACCCCUCAUGGACAAUACGGAAUUCUAACUGCUUGUUUUUCGGCGCCAUGGUUCGACUGUCAAGCAUCCGGUCCCGCUUUAGCGUUUUCGAAAUAGCCGCUGGCUAGCGGGCGAGUCCUGUUCGGGCAAGUUUUGUUCGGCCGUGAACAGGACGAUGCGUAGUCUCCUAAACCUCGUCUAUUUUAUCAUCGGGCAAUUGUGAUCGGAGUCGGCCGACGAUUGAAGUUUGAAGC